CGGACAACCUCGGUAACGUUAACGGUAACUUGUAGUCUUGCUGGCAAUCCUGGCUCAUCAGCCGCCUGCCUUUGCUGGUCGGCGUAGUCUCUGUCAUCGUCGUGGUUCAUAGUCUUCAAGGUUUUUCUCUGUUGUCUGUCGGCUUCUUGUUCUGCUCUGCUAAUCAUGUCCGACCCCGACUCAUCGUUGGCCUAUGACCAGCCCGAACACGACUCACAAGAACACCUACCCGUUGAGAGUGCAUAUUGGGAUCACAGUGGAAUACCUCUGAACGGUCAACAAAACUGGGCACCGGCACAGCACGCACUACAAGGCCCUGCUGCUAAUCACUAUGGUGCAAACAACCAUCUUCCAAACCCUGCCUUUACACGCCACACUAAUCUCUCCGUACCUUCCCUGCCCUCCCACAGUCAAAGAUCAGAAUAUGACGACGUGCCACCACUGCCCAAUUUUAAUCCUUCAACUCUCGUAGACAGCAUGAAUGCAAUGCACUUAAGCGACCCCGUACCUCGGGGAACAAGCGCAAUUGCAGGAACUUCCAUGUCAAUGCAAUCCCUCUCCCCCGGUCAGCGCGGUCCAUACCCGCCGCGAUAUGCGAGCACGUUGCCAUCAGCGCCUAACAUGAAUGUUACCCGCCCUCUACGACUUCGAUAUCCAGCCGAACGUUCGCACACAGUCGAUGAAGCCUCACUUUACUCCAACGAUCGCCAUAGUGACCUCUCUGUGGAUACAGAUCUUGUGGAUAUGCAUAAUUACGAGAACCAAGGGCAAAGUCCAUACCCUUCCUCAGAAGGUUCCGUUGCACCCUAUUCUCAACCCCCACCCUAUCCGCCGAGACAGUUUCAAGUUGGGCGGCAGGGCGCACAGGCAGGUUUGCCUCCCGCCUACUACCCUCCUGGCCCAGGUCCUACACACCCAGGUCCCUCUCAUCAAAACGAAUAUGACUACCUAUAUGCUGCCGCAUCUGACGUCCUCGGUAUGGGCCCUCCGCCACCACAGCACCACAUGCCGGUUUAUCCUGCCGGUCCUGCGUGCGGAAGCCAAGCAUCCCUUCCUGUAAGCCAAUCCACACCCUAUCUCGCUCCCCCCGGUUCAGGACCCUAUGGCGGUAGUGCGGGGAUGUUGCCCUACGGCGGCCCACCUAACCCGUCAGUACCCCAAGGACUAGAUGAUCCUGAGUUUGAGCUUCGACCCUCAUCGUUACAACGCUCUGCCUCCACAUCAGUUGAUCCACGCACCAAGAAAACGAAGGCAGUUGAUCUUACAGCUCCUCCAUUCACGAAGGAAUAUAUCGACCAGUACCGGCAGCGUAUUAAGGCUGAUCCGGACCCUGAGGCUCACUUCUUAUAUGCAAAAUAUCUUAUAGAUGCUGCUAAGAAGAUAAGAGCGGACGUGAAGGACCAGAGAGCUGUAAAGAAGUAUCGUGACUUGCUCCUCCAAGAAUCUCUCAAGACCAUCCGUCGAUUAGCGGAGCAGAAAGAAGCUUAUGAUGAUGCACAGUUCUUCCUAGCCAAUUGUUUCGGGACAGGAUCUCUGGGUCUUCAAGUGGACCAUGAGCGCGCGUAUCACUUGUACCUACAAGCCGCAAAACAGAAUCACGCAGCAGCUUCAUACCGCGUCGCUGUCUGUAAUGAGAUUGGAGCAGGCACGCGACGGGACCCGCAGCGGGCUUCUGCGUUCUAUCGGAAAGCAGCAUCACUGGGUGACACUGCCGCGAUGUACAAGUUGGGCAUGGUUCUUCUACUUGGGUCUUUGGGAGAGCAGAAGAACCCAAGAGAAGCUAUUAACUGGUUGAAACGGGCUGCAGAGCAAGCCGACGAGGAAAAUCCACAUGCACUUCACGAACUCGCCAUGCUUCACGAAAUGCCCAACUCACAAUUGGUUAUUCACGACCCCGCGUAUGCCAAGUCACUAUAUGAACAAGCAGCACGCCUAGGUUAUACGCAAUCCCAGUACAAGCUUGGACAAUGCUACGAGUACGGCACACUGACAUGUCCUGUUGAUCCUAGGCGAUCGAUAGCGUGGUACACCAAGGCAGCAGAGAAAGGGGAUUCCGAGGCUGAGCUGGCUCUCAGUGGAUGGUAUCUGACAGGAAGUGAGGGCGUGUUAAAGCAGAGCGAUUCUGAAGCGUAUCUGUGGGCACGUAAAGCUGCCAACAAGGGCUUGAGUAAAGCGGAGUAUGCUGUGGGGUACUAUGCCGAGGUGGGGAUCGGAAUCAAGCAGGAUAUCGAGUUCGCCAAGAGGUGGUAUAUGAGAGCAGCAGCGCAAGGGAACAAACGAGCCAUGAACCGACUGACGGAGAUGAAGCGUAUGGGCAAUAAGCGCUCCAACGUUGGACGUCCGACGCGACAGCAAGCCAAAGACGAAUGUGUUAUUUGCUAGUAACCCUGGAAUGAUUGCUAUCAAUUUCGCUAUCGAGUUUAUCCUUUUUCCUGAUGGCUGCCCUUUCUUAAUUAUUAUCAAUGGCUUCUAUCAACUGAUCACUUGAACACUAGUACUCUGGAUAUUGAUCUUGUACCUGUUGUCAAUGUUUUGCAGCCCAGCUAUGUUACUAAGUAUGAGGGAAUCCAUGACAUG